CUGGGGAAGGACAAGAUGAAGUGGAUGGCGCUUGUUACGGUGGCCACCCUGCAGGCACACUUCCCAGCUACAGCGGCACAGAGCUUCGGCCUGCUCGAUCCUAAACUAUGCUACCUGUUGGAUGGGAUCCUCUUCAUCUAUGGUGUCAUUGUCACUGCCCUGUUCCUGAGAGCGAAGUUCAGCAGGAGUGCCGACGUCCCCGCCUACCAGCAGGGCCAGAACCAGGUCUAUAAUGAGCUUAAUCUAGGACGAAGAGAGGAGUAUGACGUCUUGGAUAGGAGAGGGGGCCUGGACCCUGAGAUGGGGGGGAAACCGAGGAAGAAGAAUAAGAAUCCCCAUGAAGUCGUGUACAAUGAGCUGCGAAAAGACAAGCUGGCGGAGGCCUACAGUGAGAUCGGGAUGAAGGGCGAGAACCAGCGGCGAAGAGGCAAGGGACAUGAUGGCCUUUACCAGGGACUCAGCACGGCCACCAAGGACACCUAUGCUGCCCUCCGCAUGCAGGACCUGCCCCCUCGCUAACAGCACCUGGAAUUUCACCACUCACAGGCCAGACCUGCAGAUGCCCAGAUUGUUAAAGACACAGGAUAAAGUAUUUACAAACCA